AUGGAUCAAAUGUUUAUAAUAAAUGUAAAUUAUAGUUUUUUUGAGGAACUGGAUAAACUAAUUAAUCAAAUGUAUAUUGGAGAAUUUGAUUACAAACUUUUAAUUACUUAAUUAACACAAUUAACAAGUCUCAAAGCCAAAAAGUAAUUCUAAAGUUAAAUGAUUUCAAAUAAUUUGAAUCGAUUAAAAAGUGUGAAUAAUUAUUAACAAAUUUAGACACUAUCCAUUAACAACCAAGCUUAAUUAAAAAAAGUGACAUAAUUUAAGUAUAAUCACUUAAUGAAAAUGUUAUAUUAAAUACACUAAGGUUGA